GAGGCCGAGCGGGAGCGGUUCUUCCGCGCCAGCUUCGCCUACGACCCGCAGUUCGAGUACGCGGAGCCGGUGCCCGCCGCCGUCCUGGACAAGUACGGGGCCGCCUCCGACCGCUUCGUGGCUCAGGCCAUCAGGAUCAUUCGUACUGUCCUGGAGAAGUACGGGACCUACGAGAGCUUCGAGGUUGCCACGGGCGGGAGGCUGCUGAGCAAGUGCCAGAUCUGGUCCGUGAUCCGAAAGUACAUGCAGAAGGAAGGCUGUGUGGGAGAGGUGGUGGUGCAGCUCACCGAUGACCUGCUGUCCCAAGCAGUGAUGAUGGUGGAGGACAGCCGGCCCACGCUGGCCAUCAACCUGGCCGGAGCCCGGCAGCACUGGCUGGAGGGGAUGCUGCGCCACGAGAUAGGCACCCACUACAUCCGGGGGGUCAACAACACCCGCCAGCCCUGGCACAGCUCCGAGGGCCGCAAGCAGUACAGCCUGAAGCCCGCCAACCCCACGGAGGAAGGCUUGGCCAGCCUGCACAGCGUCCUGUUCCGCAAGCAGCCCUUCCUGUGGCGGGCAGCCCUGCUCUACUACACCAUCGAGCGGGCCAGCCGCCUCUCCUUCUCUGCCCUCUUCCAGGACCUGGAGCAGUAUGUGCAGGAUGCCGGUGUCCGGUGGGAGUACUGUGUGCGGGCAAAGAGGGGCCAGACGGACACCUCACAGCCAGGCUGUUUCAGUAAGGACCAGGUGUACCUGGACGGGAUUCUCCGCAUCCUGCGCCAUCGGCAGACCAUCGACUUCCCACUGCUGGCUGCACUUGGAAAGGUCUCCUAUGAAGAUGUGAAUCGGCUGAAGAAGUUUGGGGUUCUGGAGAAGGCCCGCAUUCCCCAUUUCAUGCAGGAUCUGGAGCGGUACAUGAAGCAGCUGGAUCACAUUGUCACCACCAAUGGCCUGAACGAGGAGGAGCUGGAGCAGCUGCUGCCUGACUGAGGGGCACCCCCUGAACCAGCACCCCAAGGGUGUAACUGGUGCUGUUUAUUGGGUUUUCAUUGGGGCUGGAGCAGAGGGCAGAGCCCGAGGCGGGCGCUGUGCAUGUACUGCUGUGUAGGGUAGCGCGGCCAAGGGCCCGUGUGGUUGUGUUGAUGUGUCCCCUGCAUCGUCCCUGUGUAUUUUGGGGAUGGCUGUGCCACUCCACGUGGCUUUGGGGAGCCAGAGGGUUCAGGGGGAGCAAGGGCACAGUUGGGGCGAUGUGCUGGUCCCUGAGUGCAGAAGGCUGUGCUGGGAGAGUUGCAAUGGGGGGAUUUCUGUAGGUUACCAGGAGUGCUCCCAGCACUUUGGGGGCACUUACAUGGGGCCAGCAGACAGGGCUGGGUGCUUUGGGCUGUGUCUGGCAGGGAAUAAGGGCUGGAGUACACCCACAGAUUGCCCCAUGGAUGCCUUUUCCACUCCCUACCCCUCCCCUCUUGUCUCCCACCAGCAGCAGGAAGGACUUUAAUCCCCCAUUACCAAUCUCUGCCCAGCUCUGCACCCCAACUACAGCCACCCUGCCUGGCUUUGAGGACUCAGGCUGGGGAUUGGGCUUGAUGUUAGGAAAAAGCGUGUAAUAAAGGUGAUGUAAUGGAAAAGA